AUGCCACCAAUAAACAGUAUCCUUGCGCCUGCACAGGAGGAAUCUCCAACGAAUAUACGGGCGGUCCACAUUUACAGAUUGAACGGCUUGUAUUACAACUAUCUUUGGUCUUCUUGGGACCAUAGCUGCCACUGCAAACUAUUGGAGGGCUUGCGGAGGCAGGCAAAAGGUGGUCUCUUCGAAGGUUGGCGUUCGACGAAGAAGACAGCCUUGAAGAAAGACGCUGAUGACCUCUUCCGAUGGAAAGGAGAGAAUCCGUCUUCUAAACAGCGAACCAAGAAGGUCUAUCUUGAAGGGAUAUACAAUGCUCCUCCAGAUUCGGAUCCCCGGAUUAAUCACAUCUACGAAAUGGAUAUAGAUCGGCGGAUUCUUUCUUAUAACUCUUGUGCUCUCUACCGAUUGGACAACAUACCACCGCUGCCGACUGCUCUAUCUAGUAUUGCCCCCGACCAUUAUUCUGGACAUAUCUGCUUGGUGGAUCGCAUCUCGGAUGCGUAUCGUUGGAACUAUCAAGUCAAGCCUCGAGCAGGUUCAGCACAUCUAGAGUUCACCGAGCCUCACACCCUGCUGGAUUUGCCUUUGGAAUUGUCACGCUUAGAGAAGACUAGGCUUGAUUUAUACGCCUCCCUCGUUGGUUGCCUGAUGUGGAACAGCUCUAUUGCGAUCCACAAACUCUCUGUCUUGAGCCACCUCGAUCAGACGGAUCCCUUCUUCCUUCAAUCAUGCCAUCUGCUGGUAAGUCACGCAUUGCGGCCUUUGAUGGCCAGAAGGAUUGGAGCGGAUGAUGACGCAUCUGCAUCGAAAUUCUCAUGGUGGGCGCGAAGAGAGAUCUUUGUGGUCCUGAGACCUAAUAUUAUCGACUCUCAAGACCUCGAUUCCGUUAUUGCGAAGAUAGUCCAAACUAUGAACCGGAAUGAAAAGGCACAGGGACCCACUUUCGGCAUCAUCAUUUCUCUAUUCCAUAUCCUACUCAUCCGCUUGGAUAAAGAGCAAGAUGGACGGGUAACGCGUACCCGUCCGCUACGAUUCCUUCCGUCAUUCUGCAGUAGAACAGGACAUACGGCAGGAAUGGUCGCGCUAGUCCGCCUAGGACUACUCCCGAUUGCCGAUGAUCAAGGGUUCUUCAAGAGCAUUAUUCUCGAUAUACUACCUCUGCUAGACUCCUCGUCCCCCUUCAUGGAGACAUAUGCUAGAAAAUCUGGAUCCCAGAAGUACAGCGUGCGGAACUUAUUCAAAAAUCAGAAAGGGCGGCUCCCACCCGAGGUCGUCAAGAAGAUCGCUGCUUAUGUGACGGGGGCGAAAGACCUUGCGCAGUUGGCUAGCUCAUCUCUCGAGGCCCUUGACGCAUGCAUCUCAUGGAUGCGAUACCCUAUGUUUGGCCAGAACACAAUGGAGUGGCUGGUCUUGCUGCAGUCGAGCGUCCCACUUCCGACGUGGGAUUACGACGAUGACGAGCAUGAGGCGGCCAUUCAUGCGCACCUAUUUUCUGCUUGCUUCGAAGUGACAGUCGAUUCGGAAAAUCUCCAUCUGCUGCUCACUGCCAGCGAUGCGUACGCGCGUCUUGUUCGCAACAGGUACCAUCGCAGUUUAGUAGCUUUGCCCGCUAGGAGACCCGGGAGUGUUGGACCGCUGUCGUACGUCGGAGUCUUCCAGCUGGCGCAGGAUUUGAGUUUGACAUUGUACUAUGUCCUGUAUAAACCACUGGCAAGCGAGUAA